UUGCUCAAUUCUGAAGCAAUGAGCCCACGAAGAAGAGGAACGAGGCGUGAUGCUAAAUUGCAGCAUGUUGAGACAGAAGUUGGAAAUGUUCAGCCAGAUGUUGGGGGUCAUGGAGACACGGAUGAGGUUGUUACUGAUCAAAGAAUAGCGAACAGUGAAUUGGCAGUGAUUGUGGAAGACGUGACCACAGAACAACCAGCUAAGCGAAUGAAAACAGAUUUCUUACGAGAAGAAAGCGAACUGGAGAAGGUGGAGCAAAAAGCAUACGAGGAGAGACGAGUUUAUGGCAGCCAUGAUGUCAAGCAGCUACUAUUUGGUCUACAUUCGAGUGUAUGCAAUCGGUUGGAGAAGAUCGAGAGCAGUCUGGACAUGAUUGCGCUAAAGUGUCACUACGUUGACCAGAAGCUGGUCCACAUCUACGAGUCAGUCGCCGAAAUGCCAUUGAUUGUCUAUCCCUCCUCAAGUGUGCAGGAUUCUAUGCGCAAGCCUGCACGCAUGGUCGCACCUCCGAAAAAGCGUGCUGCUCCUGUAAUCAUUGGACUUCCUCAACGCAAUGAACCUGAAGUUUCCGUUGGGGUUGACAGUGAGGGGAGGAUGUAUCACGAGAGUGCAGAGAUUUCGGGAGGAGUGAGGGGAUCGAUGCAGCCGGCCAUGACGAGUAAACUCGCAUCAAAUAUUGCUCUCAUCACGCUCAACAGCGAAGCGGAUUUCCCGAAUGGCUCGUGGCUUGGCGAGGAAAACAACCCGGAGUGUCGAGUCAGGUGCUUCAUUAGACCAGGGGAGCUGGAAACGAUCAAUGUACUGACCAGCCCAGAAAAAAUGGCACUGGCGUUGCUAGAUGCAAUAUUUGAUAGAGAUACACUUGCUAUAUCAAACAUUUCUGGUAUCAGCAAAUAUGGCAAGAAGCAGCUGGACCCACUUAUGAUCUAUGGAAUAAGAUGUCACUUGCUGUACAUGUUUAAUAUAAAUGAAGAGGACUGGCACCGAAUCAAGCUGAACAUUGACUCUAAGUGCAGAACGGCCUUCCGACGUAAGAGGAAGGGUCUGCCAGCUUCUCCCUACAAGGAGCGAUCACGGCAGUCCUUUCACGUUCUGCUUACUGAACAAAAUCAGGAGAAGCCCGCUCCAGAUACGGGCGGUGAGAGCAGCAACGAUGGCCUAGAGAUAGAGAGAGAUGAAGCCCUCCUCCUCCCGCAGGGGGAAGGAGAAGACCAGCUGCAAGAUGGCACCAUCGUCGAGGCAAACGGACAAAUGCUGCAGGUCUUUCACGCAACACCAGAACAGAUUGCACAGCUACAGCAGUCGACACAGCAUAUACAGAUUCUAGGCGAGGAUGGAACAACUCAGGUGAUACAGCUGACGCAGGACACGGAAGGACUGGGAGUGGACGGCAGUGACCCGGAUGACACGCACAUGGUGACAGUUCAUGUGCCGGACGAACAUGAUGAGGAUACGAACGUAGAAAGCUCUAACGUGGUCGACGGAACGUGAUGACGUCGCGGUGUGACAUUUACGUUGACAGCUGUGACGUGGUCAACGGAACGUGAUGAUGUGGCGGUGUGACAUUUACGUUGACAGCUGUGACGUGGUCAACGGAACGUGAUGAUGUGGCGGUGUGACAUUUACGUUGACAGCUGUGACGUGGUCGACAGAACGUGAUGAUGUGGCGGUGUGACAUCCACGUUGACAGCUGUGAUGUGGUCAGCGGAAGGUGAUGUCAUUGCAAUGUGACACCCAUGUUGACAGCCAUAGCACAGCCAUCGGAAUGUGGUGACGUCGUGAUUGUGUUACACCCACCAAAGUCGUAACGUGAUGCCAUACGUUGUGAAGUGACCUGCAGGAAGGUGUCUGAAUGUCAUGUCAUGUACGACAUUGGCAUGCAUGUGGAAUUGUUAAUGUGACGUUACGCCUAGGGGAGUGUGAAUGUAAUGUCAUGCCUAGGGAAGUGUGAAUGUGAUGGCAAGCAUAUGAGUGAAUGAGACAUCACACGUGUGUGAGUGUGAAUAUGACGUUACGUGUACGGGAGUGAAUGUGAUGUCAACCGUGUGGGAGUGUGAAAGUGACGUUAGACAUAUGGGAGUGUGAAUGUGAAGUCACGCGUGUGGUAGUGUGAAUGUGACGUCACUCGCACGGGAGUGAUAACGUGACGUCGCGCGCAUGGGAGUGAGAGUGUGACGUCACACGUGCGGUAGUGUGAGUGUGUCAUCACACGUACAGGAGCGUGAGUGUGACGACACGUAUAGGAGUGGGGAGUGAGACAUCACGUGUACGGGAGUGUGAAUGUGAUGUGACGAACACAGAAGUGGGAAUGUGACAUCACGCACAUGGGAGUGUGCAUGUGACGCCACACGUACGGGAUUCUGAAUGUGAUGUCACUCAUAUGGUAAUCUGAAUGCGAUAUCACAUGCGUAGGAGUCAGGGUAGUAUGUCAGACAAAUGGGAGUGUAAUGUCACACCUGAAUACCUCACAUGUACACGUACGGAAGAUAGAAGGUGAUGACACAUGGAAGCAUGUUAUAAUGUGAUGUAACACACUGCCAUGCCAGGGUCAGAAAGUGAUGUCACAUGUCAUAAAGGCACAAGCAUGGGAUCGAGUGACAGCACCUGACAAGUGAUGUCACAACAUUGUUACAAAUUUCUGUGUGCAAUUGUCACAAUACACAUAGUAAUGUUGUGAUAGUGGCCGUACAUACGCAUAACAUUAGGAUGUUAGUCAUGAUGAUAUCAAUGCAUGUGGAUAGAAAUCACUUGGUGCCAUCUUCACGUGACAAAUCAAUAGCUUUUUCUCAUGCUUUCAUGUAAAUAUUUCUGUUGAUAUAGUUGUGUGAUGUAUGAUUGUAUUUUCUACAGUCAGUACAAGAACUUUAUUGCUUGUCAGUUAUAGUUUUGGUUACUUCUCUUGUCGUUUCUAUAGUGGAGUGUAAAUGAAAUAACACUAAAACUGUAACUAUAAUUAGCCGUUUUUUAUUUUUAGGAAAAAUUCAUUUGAUAUAAAUGAAAACACGUAUUUAUAUUGAACAUUGAGAGAGUAACGUCACAGUAAUAUGUCGUUAAUAUUGUACAUUACUGAAUCUAGUAAAUAUAUUUUAAUUGAGAUGUGUUAUAGAAUAAUUUUGCCAAUAGUUUUGUAUUGGAAAAGCUGGCAUUUGUUGUACUUUCCUAUUGUAAGACCUCAGAUGUAUUCUCAAUAUAACACUACACUGGA